AUGUGGAAAGUUAAUACAUUUCCUCCAACCUCGUACUUAGUACCUCACAUCAAAAGUGCUUCAUGUCAUCCCCCCAUUUCCUCAUUUUGGCAUUCCGUUGAGCCAAAGACCGCAAUUCUAGGUUUGGAAGGAAAGCAAUCACAUCUCCUUCGAAUCAAAAGAAACAUAUGCAAAGCAGGGCGUGAAGCUGAACUAGGUGCACACACAAGUUCGAUUGCACACAUAAAAUGGAUGUUGAGCACGUUUGAGGAUGGAAGAAUCAGCAUCUCUCCGUACGACACCGCUUGGGUUGCCCUCAUUCCAAAUGUGGAUGGAGGUGGGUCCCCACAGUUUCCAUCGUCGAUAGAAUGGAUUGCGGAAAAUCAACGGAUCCCCAAGGGCCUAAUGCAUGAGGUGCCAACAGCAAUACUUUUCAGUUUGGAAGGGAUCGAGGGAUCGUUGAAAUGGGAUAAGCUACUGAAACUAAUCACAGAAGACGGGUGUUUCUUAACAUCUCCAUCUUCCACUGCAUUUGCAUUUAUGCAAACUGGGGAUGAUAAAUGCCUCAAGUACCUCACAAACAUUGUCACAAAAUUCAGCGGUGGAGCGCCCACGGUUUACCCAAUUGAUGUGUUUGCAAGACUUUGGGCAGUCGACCGUCUACAACGCCUUGGAAUUUCUCAUAUUUUUGCAGAACAGAUUGCGGAGUGUUUGAAUUAUGUCCACAGAUAUUGGACGGCCAGUGGAGUAUUCAGUGCACGAAAUUCACCAGUUUGUGAUUUGGAUGACACUUCCAUGGGUUUUAGGCUUUUAAGGCUACAGGGCUAUAACGUUAGUCCCGACGUUUUUAAGCAUUUCAAGUCAAAUGACAACAAGUUUUGUUGCUUUGGUGGUGAGCUAAACGCAUCUCCAACGACAUUAUUGAAUCUUUAUAAGGCUUGUCAAGUGAAAUUUCCUGGCGAAAAUAUACUUGAUGACGCUGAAAUCUUCUCCUACAACUUUCUAAAGGAAAAGUUGUUGGAAAAUGAAAUUGUUGAUAAAUGGGUUAUAUCCAAGGACUUUGCAGGAGAGUUGAAAUUUGGAGUUGAAAUUCCAUGGUAUGCAUGCUUACCAAGGGUUGAAGCGAGAUUCUACAUUGAACAAUAUGGCGGUGCAGAUGAUGUAUGGAUUGCUAAGACAUUCUACAGGGUGGCCGAAAUAAGCAACCAUCACUAUUUGGAGGUUGCAAAAUUAGAGUUCAAUGAAUGUCAGGCUCAGCAUCUACAUGAGUGGACGAAUAUUCUCAAGUGGUGGAAAAAGUUCAAGCUAGAAGAGUAUGGAUUAAGAAGGGAAGAUCUUCUGGUCACUUUCUAUGUGGUUGCAGCCAGUAUAUUUGAAUCAGGAAGAUCAGUAGAGCGCUGUGCAUGGACCAAAUCUUGGGCAAUAAUUCAACUACUCCAAGUUCACUUCAACAAUGUUGCCGUAUCAAGAGACAAAAGAAAUACAUUUUUUUGUGCAUUUAAACGCGUUGCCGACGGCCCAAUUGAUCAUUUAGAUGAGAUGGGAAAGGGGCUACAAUGGGUCAUACAAGAAUUCAUAUAUCAGCUAUCAAUUCAUUCAUUUCAGACGCUGAGAAGAGAUAUGCUUCAGGAAUUGACCAAUUUGUGGGAGACAUGGCUGAUUGAGUCCUUAGAUUGUUUUGAAAAUGGAAGAUUCCCACACGAAGGUGCAUUUUUGUCUCAUAUCGUAAACCUUUGCUCUGGAAAUAUUACGAGUGUCUCAUCAAUCAAGUUGUUGUCCCUGGAGAAGUCAUUCAAGCAUUUAUGUUAUUUAACUGACAAAGUUUGUCUUCAACUUCGUCAGUACCAGAAAAACAAGGGGGCUACAAAUGGAAAGCCAAAUCAAAAGAUGGGGAGGAUCAACUCAGAGGAGAUUGACAAAAGCAUGCAAGAGUUGUUGCAAUUGGUGGUGCAAAAUGAGUCCUCGGAUGACAUCAUCGAUCGAAACGUGAAGGAAACAUUUCUAAUUGUUGCCAGAGCUUACUACUACACUGCUUUCAUUGAUAAGAAAACCCUAAAUAUCCACAUUGCAAAAGUUUUCUUUGAACCAAUAUUGUAA